CCAAUCAAGUUCAAAGUGGUACUCCUGGGCUCUCCAUCCCAGACUCCAACAAGUCUAAUUUGAGACUAGAAGAGAUCUUCUGCUCUAACUAGUAGAUCUCCGUUCUGGAAUUGACAGCUCUUCUCACCAAUACUUGGACUGCAGUGGCUACAGGGUUCUCCUAGGGAAUUGGAGGAAGGUUCUCUGAAGAUCAGACCAAAACGCUCUGAACCUCGACAAUGGACCGAGUUUAUGAAAUUCCUGAGGAGCCAAAUGUGGAUCCAGUUUCAUCUCUGGAGGAAGAUGUCAUUCGUGGGGCCAAUCCCCGAUUUACCUUUCCAUUUGGCAUCCUUUUCUCCACCUUUUUGUACUGUGGGGAGGCUGUAUCUGCCUUAUACAUGGUUAGAAUCUAUCGGAAGAAUAGUGAAACCUACUGGAUGACAUACACCUUUUCCUUCUUUAUGUUUUCAUCCAUUAUGGUCCAGUUGACACUCAUAUUUGUCCACAGAGAUCUGGCCAAAGACAAGCCUUUAUCAUUGUUCAUGCAUCUAAUACUUUUGGGCCCUGUUAUCAGAUGUUUGGAGGCCAUGAUUAAGUACCUCACACUGUGGAAGAAAGAGGGACAGGAGGAGCCCUAUGUCAGCCUCACCCGAAAGAAGAUGCUAAUAAAUGGCGAGGAGGUGCUGAUAGAAUGGGAGGUGGGCCACUCCAUCCGGACCCUGGCUAUGCACCGCAAUGCCUACAAACGUAUGUCACAGAUCCAAGCCUUCUUGGGUUCAGUGCCCCAGCUGACCUAUCAGCUCUAUGUCACCCUGAUCUCUGCAGAGGUCCCCCUCGGUAGAGUUGUGCUAAUGAUAUUUUCCCUGAUAUCUGUCACCUAUGGAGCUACCCUCUGCAAUAUGCUGGCUAUCCAGAUUAAGUACGAUGAAUACAAGAUUCGCCUCGGGCCACUAGAAGUUCUCUGCAUCACCAUCUGGAGGACAUUAGAAAUCACUUCCCGCCUCCUGAUUCUGGUGCUCUUCUCAGCCACUUUGAAAUUGAAAGCUGUGCCCUUCUUAUUGCUCAACUUCCUGAUUAUCCUCUUUGAGCCCUGGGUUAAAUUCUGGAGGAGUGGUGCCCAGAUGCCCAAUAACAUUGAAAAAAAUUUCAGCCAGGUUGGCACCCUCAUGGUACUGAUUUCCAUUACUGUUCUCUAUGCUGGCAUCAACUUCUCUUGCUGGUCAGCUUUGCAAUUGAAGUUGGCGGACAGGGACCUUGUUGAAAAAGGUCAGAACUGGGCACAUAUGGGCCUGCACUAUAGUGUAAGAUUGGUAGAGAAUGUGAUCAUGGUCCUGGUUUUUAAGUUCUUUGGAGUGAAAGUGCUACUGAAUUACUGUCAUUCCUUGAUUGCCUUGCAGCUCAUUAUUGCUUACCUAAUUUCCAUUGGUUUCAUGCUUCUUUUCUUCCAGUACUUGCAUCCAUUGCGCUCACUCUUCACCCACAACAUAGUGGACUACCUCCAUUGUGUCUGCUGCCACCGGAACCCUCAGGGCAGGGUUGAGAAUUUAGAGCCAUCAUUUGAUGAUGAAGCAAGGCAAAGCAUUGUCUGAUUCUAUCUCCGGGGUAUUUGGGGAUGGGUUUGGGGUGGCCCAGAGCAACUCUGAAAUUAAAGGGCCUCUGUUUUCAGCAGCCC